UUCCGUCUGGCGGCAGCCAUCAGGUAAGCCAAGAUGGGUGCAUACAAGUAUAUCCAGGAGCUAUGGAGAAAGAAGCAGUCUGAUGUCACGCGCUUUCUUCUGAGGGUCCCCUGCUGGCAGUACCGCCAGCUCUCUGCUCUUCACAGGGCUCCCCGCCCCACCCGGCCUGAUAAAGCGCGCCAACUGGGCUACAAGGCCAAGCAAGGUUACGUUAUACAUAGGAUUUGUGUUCGCCGUGGUGGCCGAAAACGCCCAGUUCCUAAGGGUGCAACUUACGGCAAGCCUGUCCAUCAUGGUGUUAACCAGCUAAAAUUUGCUCGAAGCCUUCAGUCUGUUGCGGAGGAGCGAGCUGGACGCCACUGUGGGGCUCUGGGAGUCCUGAAUUCUUACUGGGUUGGUGAAGAUUCCACAUACAAAUUUUUUGAGGUUAUCCUCAUUGAUCCAUUCCAUAAAGCUAUCAGAAGAAAUCCUGACACCCCAUGGAUCACCAAACCAGUCCACAAGCACAGGGAGAUGCGUGGGCUGACAUCUGCAGGCCGAAAGAGACGUGGCCUUGGAAAGGGCCAUAAGUUCCACCACACUAUUUGUGGUUCUCGCCGGGCAGCUUGGAGAAGGCGCAAUACUCUCCAGCUCCACCGUUACCGCUAAUACAAGUAAAGUUUGUAAAAUUCAUACCUAAUAAACAAUUUAGGACAGUCAUGUCUGCUUACAGGUGUUAUUUGUCUGUUAAAACUAGUCUGCAGAUGUUUCUUGAAUGCUUUGUCAAAUUAAGAAAG